ACACUUUUGUCGCUUUAGUUUGGUGACUCUCAAAAAUACAAAUAUUUUGUGUGUCUGAUAACAACUUGUUGCUUUGAGCAGAUAAUAUUAUUAAACAUGGAUCCUAUUGCAGAUAGUGUGUGUCCUGAUAACGAUAAUGAAAAGCUUGGCGCUGUUCGCGAUAAUAAUAAUGCCGAGGAAACAAUAGCUCUUUGUUUAGAAAUAAAUGAGGUGCCGAGUAGUAUCAACGACGAAGAUCAAAAUGAAAAGAUUAAAGGCUUAAUCAGGAUUGAGUUGCAUGAGGAAUUGGAUUUUCCAGGACAUGCAAAGCUUGGAGAGUUGACUCAGUUUGAGUUCCAUGAGGAAUUGGAUUAUCCAAGUCGUAUCCAAGAAGCUCAAAAUGAAAAUAUUGAGGAUUUGGUACAAUUUGAAUUGCAUGAAGAGUUUGAUUAUCCAAGUCGUAUCAAAGAUAAAGAUCACGAUGAAAAGAUUAGAAAGUUGAUCCAGAUUGAGUUCAACGAAAAUCCGUAUGAUAUAAAAAAAAAGGCACAAGAUGAAAGUAUGAAAGAUUUGGUUAAUGAUGACAGCCCUUGGUACGAAGAGGAGGAACCAGUCUAUAAAUUUGGCAACUCGAAGCAAGUAGAAUCAGAGUAUAUUGACUUAGACUGGGACUUUAGUUUUGGUAAUACCAAAAGUGAUGACGAUAUAAUUGGUGAUUUUGUCAAAAUUGACUUUCCCAAGGCAGAAGAUGGAAGCGUGAGCGGUAUCUACAGCGGCGAUGUUGAUUUAUCCAAAAUGGAAAAACUUUUCGAGACAUCGGAGAUACUUUCCUUGAAAGAAACUCUUGAGCAAAACGGCUUUGAAGAUGCGCACGAAAAUCCUAUAUGCUCUGAUAGCCAAUAUGUUGAGGUUAGUUCCUGCGUUGACAAUGAAACACCCAUAAUACCCGACUUUGAAAUUGAUUAUGAUAACAUUUAUGAGAACAUCGCGAACGCGAGCAAAAUUGAAAAGCACCUGCAGCUGCUCUAUAGACCCUUCACCUGCCUCGUAGACGUCAGCUGCCGUUUCAGCCUGUACGAGCUGGCGAUUCUGUUGGAUGAGGCCCGCUACGAGCCCGCCCAUCAUCCGGCAUUGUUUGUCCGCCUACGUAAUCCUAGUGCCGAGAUAAAGAUAUACUCUGGCGGCAAAAUAACCUCCAUGGCCUUGACAGCAGUUUCCGCGCGCACAGCUCUGCUAAAGGUUAUCCACAUGGUCGAGGAGCUUGACUACAAGGCGGACAUCACGCACUUUAGUAAGAAUAAUGUGCAUGCCUCUUUCUGUCUGCCCUUCAAAAUCGACCUGGAAAUGCUGAGCGAAUUGCAUAGCGAACACAUUUCAGGUAAUCGUGAUGUGCGACCCUUCAUCACCUACAAAAUCGAUGGCACCGCAAUAAGAUUCGCAGUGUUCGCCAAUGGCUAUGUGCUCGUCCUGCACUCCAAGCAGCACAGCGAGACUCGAGCGGCCAUAGCUGGCUUCCUGCCGAUCUUGGCGCAGUUUCAGAACGGUUACUUAACUCCCUCCGAGAAGUACGGCACCCUAAGUGGCGAUAUCUCGUUUAAGCUGCUGUGGGAACGCAAGCUCGAGGAGGAUAAGGAGGGUGUUUUACUCUAUUCUUAAGGGCUGCUUUUCUACAGUAUUUCUUUGUUGUUCUUGUAUUUUUUUUUUCAAAAAUGCUGUGAACAUUUGUCAUAAACCAA